AUGUGCGUGCUAUAUGCACAGCACCUACGCUACUUUGCGAGUAGCGUCACGGAAAACCCUGUUGUUGAGCACACGCUCAUUAACGUGUUCAUCUGCGGCCUUGUAGAUGGGCCGGUGAAGACGUACAUGUACCAAGAGGACUACCAUACGUUGGAAAAGGCGAUAGCGUAUGCGGAACAAGAAGAAUCUAGCCUGAGACAGUGUCAGGCUAGCGCGUCAAACCAUCGUCCAACGAGACGACAGGAAACAGGAGGUCCCGAGCCGAUGGACCUCUGUUACAUUGAGAGCGAGAACUCUCGCUCUCUUGAGUCACAAGCGAACGGCAAGAUGCCAUCGCUGUCAGAAGAUUGGACACUACGCACAUAUGCGUAG